AUGGAGGGUCAGGUCCGGCGAGCAGUGUUCCUGUGCUCUGUGAGAUAUCUACAUGCAGCCUCUAUAGCUGACAUCCUAGACAGGGAAGAUACUGACUCGGGUUCAAUCGGCUCCCUCUAUUUGGAUUGGCUGGAAAGUUCACUGAGUCUUCUCACUGUUCCUGGGCCAUUUUUGUGGUUCAGACAGUCUGAAAAACUGGUAGGCAGUCUCUUUCUGUCAGAGUCCGCUGAGUUCUGGCUUGUGAAGACUUUGGUCUUGGCCAAGAAGGGAGAAUCAAGGUGGAGGACAACAUGUACUGGGCACCUGCCAGCCGGUUACCAGACAAUACUGACAUUUCAAGAUGUGGCUGUGGAUUUCACCCAGGAGGAAUGGGGUUUGUUGGAACCAGCUCAGAAGGACUUGUUCAGGGAUGUGAUGCUGGAGAACUAUGAGAAUUUUGUCUCCCUGGGGCUUCCAGUUUCCCAGGGAGAUGUCCUCUUCCAGUUGGAGAAAAGAGAAGCACUACUUCCCGAGAAAGAAACUCCAAGAAGCCCUUACCUAGAGUUUCCUCAGAAAUGUAAUGCAGUUGGACAAAAGGGCAGUCAGAAGUCAGUCCUUGCUGCACAACACGGAGCUCCCAAAGUCAACUUCAAAUACUUUUCAGACUUAAGUGAAUAUAAUGGAAUUGACAUAGGUGAGAAACUUUAUAAGAAAGGCAAGAAACCCUUUACUGACCACUCAAACUUUAUUUAUUACCAUGGAAUAUAUACUCAAGGAAAACACCCUAAACAUAAUGAAUUUGGCAGAGCCUUCAGUAUCAAUUCAUGCCAUCCUGUACAUCAAAGAAUUCAUACUGAAGAGAAACUAUUUGAAUGUAAUGAAUGUGGAAAAAACUUUAGCAGUAAACAAAACCUAACUGCACAUCAAUUAAGUCAUACUGGGAAGAAGCCAUUUAAAUGUAAUGAAUGUGGAAAAACUUUUAACAGUAAUCAAAUCUUAUCUCAACAUCAAAGAAUUCAUACUAGAGAGAAACCAUUUGAAUGUAAUGAAUGUGAAAAAUCCUUCAGCCAAAAGGGGAACCUCUAUAAACAUAAGAGAAUUCAUACAGGAGAGAAACCAUUUGAAUGUGAUGAAUGUAGAAAAUCAUUCAGCCAAAAGGGAAAUCUCUUUAAAUAUCAGAGAAUUCACAGUGGUGAGAAAUGUAAAAAAAUUCACAAUAGAAAAAAACCAUAUGUAUGUAAUAAAUGUGGAAAAGGCUUUAACGCUAAGCAAAAUCUUGAAAUACAUAAGAUAAUUCAUUCUGGAAAGAAGCCCUGUGAAUGCAAUGUAUGUGGCAAAGCCUUCCACAAUAAACAUUACUUAGGAAAACAUAAAAAAAUUCGUACUGGAGAAAAACCUUGUAAAUGUAAUGAAUGUAGAAGAGGCUUCAGGGAGAAAGGCAGCCUUGAAAAACAUAUGAUGAUUCAUACAGGUGAGAAGCCCUUUGAAUGUAGUAAAUGUGGAAAAGCCUUCAGCAGUAACAGAUAUCUACUUCAACAUCAAAAAACCCAUACAGGAGAGAAACCCUACAAAUGUAAUGAAUGUGGGAAAGCCUUCAGCAGUAAUAGGUAUUUAAUUCAACAUCGAAGAAUCCAUACUGGAGAGAAGCCAUAUAAAUGCAAUGAAUGUGGAAAAGUCUUCAGUAGUAAUAGGUACUUAAUUCAACAUGAAAGAAUUCAUACUGGAGAGGAGCCUUAUAAAUGUAAUGAAUGUGGGAAAGCCUUCAGUAGUAAUAGCUAUAAACUUGAACAUCAAAGAAUACAUACUGGAGAGAAGCCUUUUAGAUGUAACAAAUGUGGGAAAGCUUUCAUCAGUAACCAAAAGCUAUCACGACAUCAAAGAAUCCAUACAGGAGAGAAGCCCUAUAAAUGUAAUGAAUGUGGGAAAGCUUUCAUAAGUAAUAAACAGCUAUCUAGACAUCAAAAAAUUCUUGCCACAGAGAAGCCAUAUAAAUGUGAUGAAUGUGGGAAAACCUUCUGCACCAAUUCUCUCUUUGAAGCACAUAAGGUACUAGUAAGAAUUUCUAUGAAUGUACCCAAGCUUGGAGAAACAUAGACAUACACCAUUUCCAAGAGAUGGGUCAACUUUGGGUGGGGGCAUAAUGAGCCCAAGACAGGAGUAACAUCUAAGCCAUUUAUGCUAAGCUACCUUUUCUUCUAAAAAGGCAAAGAAACUGUUCUUGAGACUUAAAUUGCUCCAGGGGACAACCUCUCAAACUGUUAUGACAGCUUACUGGUCACCUAAGGCAGAGGUGUCAGUCAUGCAGUCCAUCUGGGACAUUCCUAAGUGAACCAGAUUAAAAUGCAAUUGGGAAAUAUUUAACAAAAUAAAUCAAAAUACAGUUAAACAUAGAUCCUAUUAAUCUGUCAUUUUCUAAGUCAGUAUGCAACCUAUGGGAUCCUUAUGUAUGGGUUAGUAGUCUCAUUUUUAUUUGACACCACUGAUGUAAGGCAUAAAAAGCCCUGUGCACAAAAGAGUUGGUUUCUCAAGGCUUGAAGGAUUCUACAGUGAUCAGGCAGAUCUCCAUGUGGAGAGGAAGGAAACUGAACAAUGCUGAAUCUUCCUUAAAUGCCAUUCCGUGAUAUUAUUAAUUAAACUUCCUUUUGUAAAACAUUAUGGUUCUUCGAUGCCUCUUUCAUUCUGAUCCUAAGCUUGAGCCACUAGACCUGCCUGAGUGCGGCCUGGCUCAGAACAUUUAACGUAAUGAGAACUGAAUUGGAAUAACCUCAUACCUGAAGUUGAAGAAGGGCAAUGAAGAGGAAGAAGGAACCUGCUACCCUCAUAUAGCAGCUCUGCACACCUCACCCCCACAAUGUUGUUGUACUUCUGGCUGCAUACCACAAGGCCUCUUAAUAGAAUAGGGUUAGGGCUUCCACCAUCUUGGGGAGAUUAGCUCAGUAGAUGUUUAAGGGUGUCAAGAUGGAGAAUAAAGAUACUUCAAGGGGCAGUAUCCUAUGAUUCUUUCUCAUUACCUUGGCAAAGUUGAAUCACCAACACAAGGAAAAUCUAACUAUCUGCCCUUAUUUAUCAACUAAAUGUUUUCUGGGUCUUCAAGAACCAUAUCCUUAAUGCAAAGGGUUAACUUAUGGACACAGUCAAUUUUUAUUUUCAGUUGUUUGGGUUGAAACAGGCCAUUAUAAAUACUAAACAGGUGGUUAAACAUUGUAAAAUAUUGUUGGUUGAAAUGAUAUAACCUUUUAUUUAGGGACUUAAUUAUAUGAUCCAAGAACUGUUUUGAGUGAA